GCGCUACGAUUCCACAUUUGCCGUAAUCGCAAAAGAUUUUCUAUUUCGUUCUUUGGAGAUCUCCGAAGAAUAUAGUUUGGGUGUCGUGAGUUAUUUUGGAUUGUCAUCAUGAAUCGCAAACGAGAAGGCCGUCGUAAGAAGGGAGCGACUAACGAGGUUGUCACUCGGGAGUACACCAUUCAUCUUCACAAGCGGCUCCAUGGCGUAGGAUUCAAAAAGCGAGCACCUCGCGCAAUCAAGGAAAUUCGGAGGUUUGCGAAAGUUCAGAUGGGAACAGAGGACGUACGCGUUGACACCAAAUUAAACAAGUUCGUCUGGUCGAAAGGAAUAAGAGGCGUCCCUUUUCGCGUCCGUGUCAGACUUUCCCGCCGUCGAAAUGAAGAUGAGGAUUCUCCCCAUAAACUGUACACCCUUGUUACAUGGGUUCCCGUCGAGGAAUUUAAAGGUUUGCAGACGAAUAAUGUUGAUAACGAGGAAUAGAUUUCGAUUACUGUUUUCAUGUUGACUAUCGGAUGUUCUGGAGCUUUUCUGGAUGGCCUGUUAGAAAAAAACGCAAAAAAACGAAUUCUGGUCA